AAGAAGGCGAGAAAAUGUAUUUGCAUUUCUCUUUUGCGGAGAUGGAAAACAUUCUGUUCUUUCGCUACUCCAGGUUGCUUCCCUGUCAGACUGAAAUUUUCUACUGCUUAUUGUGUAAUUUACGAAGGAACAAAGAUUUAUUUCGGUAACCUGGAUGCGUGAAGUUUCGCUGAAAGCAUGUUCAUGAGUAACCUUUGGAGUAAGCGACGACCUCUUGUGGCUUAUGGCUGGGUGUUCUUCGCGAUUGUUUUAAUUUCAAUUUUAUAUCUAGUAAGAUCUAGUUUUAAGCAUCCGAAGACGGAACAGGUUAUCAGAAUUUUGUCUUUUGGCGAUUCGUUGACCGCGGGUAGCACUGGAAUAGGAAGAAAACGGCAUCCAUAUUCGAUAACACUACAACAACACUUGGAUUCUCAUCAUCACACACUGCUUGGAAGGAACAUAUUACCGAUCUUCGAAGUUCAUAACGCUGGGAUUUCGGGUGAAAGAGCGGUAGAUCAAAUGUUUCCACGCUUAGAAAAAAUCUUACAAGAUGCAAGAACAAAAUACACAUGGGUGAUAAUUCUUGGGGGCACAAACGACUUGUCAAAGUACAGAAAUAGUUCGUCGAUGGGAGACUUUAAAUCUAUUUUCUAUGCUUUAGUAAACCUUCACAACAUGACUCAUAGUUAUGGAGCCAGAACGGUUGCGAUCACCAUUCCUGAUAGAGAAUGCGUGGGUUCGGGAAGGUGUUAUUAUCUAAGCAGAACACAGUCAAAAGUGAACGACCUUCUCCGAGAUUUCGCCGCUCAAAACACAAACAAAGUAGUGCUUGUCGACUUGGCCAACGAGAUCCUACUUCCGCGAGAUGAAAGACUCUUGGGUGAUUAUGUGCAUUUUAAUGAGGACGGCUACCAAAAGAUGGCAGAUGCUAUUUACAGUUCAAUAAAAGAACGUAUCUAAGUGAGACUUUUUCAAUAGACUUUUUCUUGAAGAAAACCGGAAGUACUAAACCCGGAAGUAAUUCAAAACUGAUUUUGACUCUGACGAUCUUUCGGUUGGAAUAUCUCAGAACGACCAGAAUUGUACCUUUUACACAAUAAGCUGUCUGAGAAUAUCUGCUUGUGAGUUUCCGAUUAGGGCUCAUCAACAGUUUUCGCAGUGUGCCUGGUGCUUUGUUUCUUUUUUCUCCUAGCCAGUUAUGAUAAAUAAUAAAUUGGCCCACGGUGAGAAUAGUUGUUCUGGCCAAAAUGUACAACCAUUUUUGUGGCCUGCAUUCAAUAGUAAUUUAUUACAAGCAAAUAGGUUGAGGG